AUGCCCAUGUACGACUACGAGCCGUCGCUGUCGCUGGACCACGAAGGACGCACCUCCAGCAUCGACGACGCGUUGUCCAGCCUCGGCUUCUCCCCGGACACGCCGCUCUCGGUGUCCAGCAGCCACGGCUUUGGAGAGAACGCGAUGGUGCUCGUCUCUGCUGAAGGCGUUGUGCAGGUCCAGGACGACCGCGAGGAAGAGAAGGCACCACCUCCUGCCUACGAUGAAGCGUAUGAGCUGCCCCCCGAGGCACGAGCGCUGCUACCCGCCCCCAACUCCUGCCCGAGAUCAGGCAUCAACCUCCGUGCGCAGUCGCCGACCUACAGCGACCAGUCGACGCCGCGCCACGCCCAGACCUUCGAUGCAGAUCCUCCGCAGCCCUGCAUCGAAGACUACCUGUGCACGUGCAAGUCGUGCCCGCGCGCCAUGAUGAUCCAGCGCGCGUUCAAGCUCUACAGCUUCGCGCUGGACCACCCCGAGAGCGACGCGCUGCUGCGCGUGCUGCGCGCGUGCGCCAACUACGACGAGACCAUCAUCGAGAUGGACCCGCUGCUCGUGCUGCACGCCGAGAAGAUGCUGCAGCAGCUCGGCUUCGACGAGGACCAGGCCUUCCGCCUCCUCAUCGCCUCGCACUUCCAACGCCCGUGA